AUGCCACCGCCAGGCAUGUCACCACUCACUCCACGUCUUCAAAGGGCAAAUUCUUCCUCUCCACCGGCAACUGAUGCUGCGUCUUCUGAAGGCACCAAUAGUGGAUUCACACUGGCAAAACGUCCAUUUUUGCGAUCUCUCUUUCGUAGUCUUGAGGUGGGACCAGGCACGGACUACGAUACUUUCUUUGCCCUCUCACUUCUUAUUGCCAUCAAACGCAAUGGAGGUCUGGAUGAGGGAACAUUGGCUUUAGCUCAGUUGCAUACUCCGUCCCAGACUGAGCCAGAUUUUGGUGACAUUUUCGAGUUUGAGUUGUGUCGCUACCGGGCUCAGAAGCUGGAUCCUUCUAAACUCCUUGAAAACACAGUUUUUCUCUUCUCUCAUGUUGAAGAUGCUCUCAAACUCUUUUCAAACCAUUCAGAGGGGAAUCAAUCCUCUCCAUUUUCGAACUCCGCUUUUGCCAAUGAGAAUUCACAAGCCUUGUCGUCGUUCAAUUUGCAGGAUAUUCCACCAUAUACCUCUCUGCCCUCUAGUCAGUUGGAGAGCAUUCAACGCAUGAUUGCAGUUUACCUCUGUUUGAAAGGCUACCUCUGUUCAUACAUCUUUCUCAAUGGCGAGGUGAAGACAAUUUCCUCCUCAACUAGUGAACCAAUGAAUGAAGUCACUGCGCCGGGUUUAGAAAGAGUGCUCUCUCUGGCAUCAUUUGGAAAUAUUCCACCAAAAGACAAACCCAUUGUGGGCAUCAACGAUUUCUUUGAUAUCACUGAUCAUCAAAUCUUUAGUUGUGAGGUUGUUCAUCAAAAUGGACGGACUGAAAAACGAUAUCUCUUGAUCAGUGAUGUUCAAAUUAUUUUCCUUGAGCCGAGUCCUCGAAAGAUGGGCUUUGGAGUUGUAACCUUUACUGCCUACCUUCAGGAUACUGAGUUACAUAUCGAUCCAACCGAUGGCAAGGUGCUUAGUAUCGUGGUGUACAAAUCUGGUGAUCGGUCAAGUGUUACUGUGCACCGUCUCAUGAAGGAGGCAGGAGUCACCUCAAAUGCCCUUCUGCCGAAUGUAUUUCAUCGAUUAAACACUAAGUUACGUUUCCUUGAUUCAAUGCAGUGUUCAACCAUCCAUACGCUAGUCACUCGGCAUUUAGAGAAAAUUCGAGCUGCCAAACAGGAUAAACUCAGAUUACUACUUAAUGUGUCAGAUAAGCCCCGAUCUUCUACGCAAGCUCUCAUGACCGAUGAAGUCUCACGUCUGAGAAUUUCUUCACUUCUGUCUGGUACCAAUCGACCUAAUAAAAGCAUUGAUUCGGCGCCAACAACUCUCUUGCAGAAAUCCGGGCUGACUCAGACGCCUCCACCGAUAAUGCGUAUUUCGCCUCUUACGACUUCCUCUACAUCUUCAGGUAAGAAAGCUGACGAUGGCCAGGAGAUUCCGAUGGUUGAACUACCGAAAAGAGUGAACAAUAACAAUGUCACCCCUGGCAAAACUCCGAAAGAUUCAACAUCAGAGUAG